AUGGAAUCAUCUGAAAAUAUCGAUUCGUUUCUUUCGGCUCCCGAUAAUUAUGAAGGUUCUAUUCAGAAUUUGCAUUUUGCUAACGGCGAUAGGAUGUUAAACACGCCUAUACUUCCAAUAGAUGAUCCAUUUGAUGAAUUAUCAUCAUACUCAGAUGGUAUUCAAGAAACUAGUGAUUUUCCACAACAGCCUUCAACGUCUUUUGAUCAAGAACUGCUUACUACUAUUGCAAGUAACAAUGAACAAGUGGAACAUUCAACAUCAGGUGCUCAAGCUUAUGACAGCAAUCUUGAACAGCACAUGGAUACAAAUGAACCGGAAGCUACAGCAGUAAUGAUAAUAAGUUUGGAAGCCGAACAAGCUGAUAGACUAAAAGUUGAAGCCAUCACUGCAGCUAUAUGUCAGUAUGGUACUUCAACGAAAGCCAAUGAUCAAUAA